AUGACCUAUAACUCCUCUCUGAGUUCUAUCAUCCCUGAAAGUUUCAAGACUCAAUCUCAAACCGUUUUUGAGAACACUUCCGGACAAAAUGACACUUUAACCCUGUGUGGAGGUCAAAAAGGCUUCAUCCGCUGUUGGAGAGGAACCAAGAUUCAGAUAAUAUCCGCCAACUACGAACGAACAGACAGACAGGUGUGUCCAGGAAGUAAAUCUGAUACAAACACCUGUCGUUCAAAGACGUCAGAACUCAAGGUGAAAUGGAAUUGUAAUGGGUACCAGACGUGCCACCUUCACGCUGCUGAUCAGUACUUUGGAGACCCGUGUCCUGGCUAUUCAAAAUAUCUGGAGGUCAAAUUGCGGUGCGUAAAGAGUUCAAAUCCCCAAGUCAAAGCGGACUCCAUAAUUGCCUUUAAUGCAUACAUAACCAAAGAUUUAAACCUACGUAGAAACACUCCUGUCAAUGUUGUUUAUGAUGGCGUUUGUUACAACUUCGGAAAUGCCUACAGUCCCCACAGUGGAUUCUUUACUACGCCAUCUGACGGACUCUAUGUGUUUACUUGGACCAGCCUUGUUCAUGUGCGAAAAGUCUUUGAUGCUCAUAUUCUUGUGAAUGGAGUCCAGAAAGGAUACGGAAACUGUAACAAUGAAGCCAAUCCGGGUUAUGAAAAUUGUGCAAAUACGGUACCCUUGGUCCUGAAAGCUGGAGACAAGGUGAACAUUCGUACGACCACGACAAAUAGCUUGUUGAAAAACUGGUCUAGUUUUAAGGGAUGGAAAGUGAAAUAG